AUGUAUUAUCAUAACUUAUAUGCAUCAGUCGAAGUAAAAAGUCGCGACAAUUCUGUGCAAGUGAGGAAUGAUCAUCUACUGAAUGACGAUGAAAACCAUGAAGAUAGUAGUCAAUCACGUCCCGUUGAAUUAACAAAUAUUAAAUCCGAGAGUAAAGAGAAUAAUAAUAAUGAUACAAAAUCUGAAAAUAAUAAUGAUAAAGCAAUUGUAGUACCAACUUCAAAUAAUGAAAUUAAAAUAGAAAAAUUAAGCAGGAGACGUAUAAUUAAAAAUCUUCUUGUACUGUGUAUUGCUUGGCUGUUGCAAUUUACAGCAUUUCAAGCAAUUGCCAAUUUACAAUCGAGUUUAAAUGUCAAAGGAAAUGUAGGAUUAAAUUCAUUGUCUAUUGUUUACGCUUUCGUCAUUCUUUCAUCAGCACUUUUACCACAUCCAAUGAUAAGUAUAUUCGGGAUGAAAUAUUCUAUUGCCAUCUGUCAGUUCUGGUAUUUAACGUUUAUUGCGUCCAAUUUAUGGCCAAAACCGUGGUUAAUGUAUCCUGCAUCAGUUCUAUUGGGUUUGGCAGCGGCACCAUUAUGGACAUCAAAAUGCGCUUAUUUAACUGAAACUGGUAUUUUAUACUCAGAGAAAAGUGGUGAAAAAGCAGAAGCUGUUGUUAAUCGAUUUUUUGGAAUAUUUUUUGCAUUUUUUCAAACAUCGCAAAUUUGGGGAAACUUGAUAUCUUAUCUUGUAUUGCGACCAACAGAAGCACCGAUAGAUAUUAACAAAAUAAGAGAUAAAAAUUUAUUAUAUCUGACAUCAUUUAAAACGCCUCAUAUCGUAAAUUCAACUAUUCAUGAAAAGGGUUAUGAAUGUGGAGCACAUUUUUUUGAAAAAGAAUUUGUCUCAAAUAUUUAUAAUGCUGUACCAAAACGAUUGGUUUACACGUUAUGUGGAAUUUAUAUUGCAUUAGCAAUCGCAAGUAUUAUUCUUAUUCUUGCAUUACUUGAUCAACGACGACGAAAUAUAGGAGAAAAUAUUCAUGAAACAUUGCGGACAUCAGUUACACAAUUUGCAUCAACUUUCAAACAUCUAAGAAAUACUUAUCAAUUACUAUUAAUUCCCCUCACAAUUUGGUUGGGUUUAGAACAAGCUUAUAUCGGAGCUCAAUUUACUCAAGGUUUUAUAACCUGUUCGGUGGGGAUAAAAUACGUUGGUCUGAUAAUGAUAUGUUAUGGUGUAUGUGAUGCAUUAGGAAGUUUUACAUUUGGUUACAUUGUCAAAUACAUUGGACGAAUACCGUGUAUUGUAUUCGCAGCCAUACUCAAUUAUGCAUUGAUUAUUACAAUGCUUCAUUGGAUACCAAAUGUAUCACAAAUAUGGGUGUUAUUUGUUCUUGCAGCUAUGUGGGGUUUAGCCGAUUCUGUUUGGCAAACACAAAUAAAUGCUACCUAUGGAAUAUUAUUUUCCAAACAUGAUGAAGCAGCCUUCUCUAAUUUUCGAUUAUGGGAAAGUGUCGGAUUUGUAGUGGCUUACAUUUAUACUCCAAGAAUACGCGUUCGUUCAUCUCACAUUAUCCUAUUGUGUUUCUUAUCACUUUCAAUGUGUGGCUAUUGUGCAGUGGAAGUCCUAGAAUUUAAACGAAAACGAAGUGACAAGAAAGUCGACGAGAACAAAAUAAAAGUUGAUGAAGUAUUAAACGCCGAUAACAUUAAAGCGACUCAAGUGAAAACAUCUAUCUUUUGA